GUAGUGGAGAAAGAGCUGCGAGCAGAGGACGCCAAGCGAAGCAGAGUUGAUUACUCCCACCGCACCACCACCACUUCGUCUCCACCUCCGACCGAAUCCGUCCUCGCCAAGCCACCAUCAUUGCGCCACCGCCGCCUCGCUAGUUUCCUACUCUUUCCUUGCGAGCUACUGCUGCCGCCGUGCCUGGCUGCCUGCCUUCUCGCCGAAGCCUUCCUCCUUGCACUCGCCUUGCACUGGAGUGGAGUGGAGUGGGCGUGGGAGCGAGCUAGCCGCCACCCACCACCACGCCCCCAUUAAAGGCGCUCACGCAGCACCGCCAUCUCCAUCUCCAUCUCCACGAGAAAGGGAGCUGAGAGAGAGAGAGAGAGACUGCGUGCGUGCUCCAUUCCUCCCCUCACGGGAGCAGCAGCAAAGGCCGCCAACGCCCCCACGCCGCACCGCGGGCCUUUAAAGCAGGGGAGGGCGGCGCGCCACCUUAAAGAUUCCCCACGCCGCAGCUCGCUCUCCCGCCACGAGGUUGAUCGCUGCUUUUAAUUCUUCCUUCUUGCAGAAGACCUUCCAUUCCGUUGCAAGCUUGCGCGCGCGCGAACCGAGGUGCUUUGUGGGAAUGGCGCGGCUCGGCGCUGUCGUGGCGGUGUUCUUGGCGGUGGCGGUCGUGGCGGAGGGCAUUCUUGACCCUGUGGACUUCCUCGCGCUGCAGGCGGUGCGGAGGUCGCUGGAUGACAUGCCAGGCUCGGCCUACUUCGACGGCUGGGACUUCACGGCCGACCCCUGCGGCUUCCCCGGCGUGUACUGCAACGGGAACAGGGUGUCGGCGCUCGCGCUCGGCGACCCGAGGGCGGGGUCGCCGGGGCUGACCGGGAGGCUCGACCCGGCGCUGGGCCGGAUGUCCGCGCUCACCGAACUCUCGCUCGUGCCCGGCCGCGUCCAGGGCGAGCUCCCGGACUCCCUCGCCUCCUGCUCCAACCUACGCUUCUUGGCCGUCAGCAAGAACCUCAUCUCCGGCCGGAUACCGGACGGCAUUGGCGCGCUGUCCAACCUCCGGACGCUCGACGUCAGCUUCAACCAGAUCUCCGGCGCCAUCCCGCCGUCCAUUGCGUCGCUGCCGUCGAUCACCAACCUCAUCCUCUGCCACAACCAGCUCACCGGCGGCAUCCCGUCGUUCCCGGACUCCUCGCCGCUCCUCCGGAUGGACCUCAAGCAUAAUGCCCUCUCCGGCGGCGUGCCCAGCCUGCCGGGCUCGCUGCAGUACCUCUCGCUCGCGGCGAACCAUCUCACCGGCAACGUGGACUCGGUGCUGCCCCGCCUGACUCGGCUCAACUACCUCGACCUCAGCAUGAACCAGCUCCAGGGGCCGGUUCCGUCGUCCGUCUUCACAUUGCCGCUCUCCGUGCUCCAGCUUCAGCGCAACUUCUUCUCCGGCCUCCUCCAGCCGACGAGCGACGUGACGAUCCCGGUGGUGGACCUAAGCUACAACCGUUUCUGGGGUCCUCUGUCGCCGCUCCUGGCGGGCAUUGGGCAGCUGUACCUGAACAACAACAGGUUCACCGGCGAUGUGCCGUCGCGGCUGGUGCAAGAGCUGGUGGGCACCGGUGGGCUGCAGCUGCUGUACCUGCAGCACAACUUCCUCACCGGCAUCGAAAUAUCGCCGUCGUCAUCACUCCCCUCCGGCGUCUCGCUGUGCCUGAUGUACAACUGCAUGGUGCCGCCGGUGUACGCGCCGUGCCCGAUUAAGGCCGGCACGCAGAACACGCGGCCGGCCGACCAGUGCCCGGAAUGGAGGGGCUAACCAAGAUGGCUGCUGGCUGCUGCUCCAAGAACCAGAAGCAGAAGGCAGGACAACACCAUUGCCGCCGGAUCGCCUCUGAUCGGGGAGGAGGACACAAGAAUGGAGGAGAUUGCAAACGGUGGUCUCUGAUUCUUUGAUUAAAUUUGUCAAGUUUACUACUGUGGAUUAUUAUUCUUUUUGUGAGGGAGGGGAUAGUCACAGACACAAGAAGUUGGUGCUUUAAUAAUCGUGGUUUAUAUAGGUGUAAUUUUUUGUUUAGCUGGUGUAAGUGUAUGUGCUUGUGUCUCUGUUGUAUAGACAGUGAGUGAGUAAGAAGUGAACAUUGGCUCUUGAUGUUGCCCCAACGAUGAUGAUGGUAUUAGAAUCAGUGGUGUUUUAAUCGGUUUAUUAUGAUCACCAAAUAUGGCAAUGUGGCACGCAUUCGCUGUCGAAAUUUGUAGUACGACGCUGUACGAGAUUGAAUGAAAAUGAUGAACAAUGUGGACUCUAA